UAUUUUGUUUUGUGCUGCGGCGGCGGUUUGAUGACGUGUUUCCGCUUCGGUCACGGCGCGAUUUGAAGCGGGGAAGCGGCGCGAGACACUCGGAUGUGAGAUGACGUCAGUGGGCCGAGCUGCUGCUGCUGCUGCUGAUGAUGAUGCUCCUCUUCAUCAGUCGUGUGUUCCCGCUCUGACGCGCUCCUGGCCGUCGUCUCCUCUCUCAGCGCUGUCCUCGUCUCGUCAGGUCACCGCGCGUCUCUACAGCUCCUUACAGCACAGCCGAGAGCAGGAGGUCAAAGGUCACGCGGCCAGGCAGGUGUCGUUCGCUCUGUCCUCUCCUGAUCUCACUGCUGUCAGGACGACCGCAGCCACGCCCCCUCUCCUCUCUCAUAGGCUGGAGGACCUCAGCCUGGACUCCACCUCCUCCUCGCAUGAUGUGAUUGGCUCAGGAGUGGAGGGGGUGGAGUCAGAGGCAGAUGGAGAGAUGGACCUGCAUCUGCAGAGCAGCCUGAGCAGAUCGGCACAGCUGACGAGUGGAAGGAAGCACAUAGAGGAAAUGGAGAAUGUAAGGACACACUUACAGUUCAUACUGAGAAACACACCAACAUCAGCGGACCGACACGAUUUUCUGGCCCCUGCAUCACAGCACUUCCUGGAUGAUUCACACGAGAGCGACGCCACGUCACACCUGCUCAGUGCUGGGUUGUCUGUGGGCGGCGUGGAGCAGCUGUUCCCGCGUUAUUCCCGUCUUCAUGCAGACUCGAGCGGCGCUGCGUCAGAGCUGCAGGUGUUGAGAGAGAGUCUGGACAGAGAGCGGGAGCGCCGGAAGGUGUGUGAACAGCAGGUGGUGUCUCUCCACAGUAAAGUUCUUCAGUUUCAGCAGCAGUUAACACUCGCUGUGGCCGCUGACCGCAAGAAAGACAUCAUGAUCGAACAACUCGACAAGACGUUGGUGAAAGUGGUCGAGGGCUGGAAGAAACACGAUCAGGAGCGAAACGAGGAGAUGAAACAUCUGCAGGUGGAGAAGGAGAUGGCAGAGAGAACAUGCAACACACACAAACAGGCUCUGUCCCGUGUUGAGCAGAAUCUCUCUCAGGUAGAAGAAAAACUAAACCAGGAGCAGAAACACAAGCAGGAGCUGCAGAAGACCAACAAACACCUGGAGCAGGAGGCGCGUGAGCUGCGUCUGCGUGUGGAGGAGCUCCAGCAGGAGGAGCAGAAGCUGCGCAGAGAUGCAGACAGACUCCGAGAGCAGCUGCACAAGCUCCAGACGGAGUCACAUGACACACGGACACACGCACAGCAGCUCCAGCAGCAGCUCACACACGCCACGCAGCAGCUACACACACACACGGAGCAGGUGAAACAGGAAGUGGCCGCGCGUGAAGAAGCCGAGAGCAGGACGCGGCAGAUACAGGAAGAGCUGGAGCAGAUCAGGAGAGAGAGAGAUGCUCUGAGAGUGGACCGAGCGCUGGAGCAGACACGGUUCGAGGCGCAGAAGUCUCAGAUGGAGGCAGAGUUUCGUCUGUCGUUAGAGCGGCAGAUCAAUGAGAGACUGACGGCCAUACAGGAGGAGAACGCAACACACAAUGCACAACUACGACAACAACACAGGAAGCAGCUGCUGGAUCUGAGUGCGCGGCACGAGCGGGAGCUGGCGGCUCAGCUGGAUCAGUUCAGAACACAGUUACAGGAGAAAGACGACAAACUGCAGCAUCUCACACACAGCUACCAGCACAAGUACAGCUCCAAACUGUCAGAGAUGCAGGAAGAGCUGGUUUCCAUGGCGGCGUCUAAAAGGAAGCUGGAGGCGCAGAGGGAGGAGCUUGUGUCCCGCCUACAGGGAAUGAUGCGCUCCCAUUGGGCGGAGGCUUUGAGGCUGUUGACCAAUCAGGAGCAGAUGGAGAGUUUUUUAUCACCCGUCGCUCAGUGGGAAGCAUCCAAAACGUCCUCUUCUCCUCCUAAAAGGGACACACAUGCGUCAGCUCCGCAGGCCGUGGUUCUGCAUCUGUCCAGAGAGAAAGAGCGAGGGAUGAGAUCAGAGGAGCAAGAGACGAGAGCGCAGAGUGAAACAAGCUCACACUCGGAGUUUGGACUGUUGAACUGCAGCACUUCAUUCUGUCCACUGGAGCCAGUGCUGGAGCACACGGAUAUGACAGCGCUCAGUGACUGCAGUGGAUUGUGGGUCAGGCCUGCGUUCUCAGAGAAUGAAACGAUGAAAGAGAGGAACGAGGAGACGAGAGAAGUUCAAAUGAAGCAGAUUCUCAAUCUGAAUCACAGUCAGUGUGAAUCCAAUCAGAUCAGAGUGAUGCAGAAGCAGAACCACGCCCCCACAGACACACGGACCAAUCACAGCUCCAGUGCAGACAGUGGGCGGGGCAGGGUCGGGGCUUCUGGAGUGUGGUAUAGUAGUGAUUCAGAGAAAGUCCCGCCCAUCAGAGAUGAAGCUCCGCCCAACAGAAUGAGAGUUUCCUCUCUAAAUGAAGACAACAGACAGAAUGAGCUGCAGUAUUACGUGUCAAAGCUGCUGGAACGCUCCCCCGGUGACCCUGUGGACGAGGCAAUCAAAGAGCUUAAACAUGAGCCUGAGCGUCACAUGAGCGAGCCGAGAUCAACCCUGGAGCAGAAACCAGAUCAGCGUGACAAACCAGAGGCGUGCGUGUCGUCUCGAAGCGUCCCGAGCAGAAGAUCAGCGAGCCGCAGAGGAGGACCUCAGAGAGUCUGGAGAUGACCUCAUUUUACUCACUUAUUCAUGUGCUUUAUUAUAUUUGAAAUAAACUCU